AGGCGGUAAGUUUGAAAAUAGCCGCUGGGAAUUCUGGGAGCUUAUUCCGUGUCCUCGGUCACUGACUCACUCCUCCGGUCCCGGUGUACGGCGUGCGACCCCCGAGCGGAACCAUGAGGAGGAGUUCGGUGACCAGCAGACAGUCUGUAGUUCCAUUACGGGUCCAAGAUACCAACAAGGGUCUGACCACCCCUCAGACUAAGGAGCGGCCUGGAGUGACUAAGGCAAGUACGAGCAAAUCCCACUCGUCAGCUUCUGAAAGAAAGACCAGCUUCUUCGGCAAGAGGGCCAGCGGCAACAGGAACAGCCAGUAUGGAGCGUUUGGGGUCUCUGAAAAGAUAAAAGAUCCCCGACCUCUACAUGACAAAUCCUUUAUCCAGCAAUGUAUCCGCCAGCUGUGUGAGUUUCUGAAUGAGAACGGCUACUCGCAGACCCUCACGGUGAAGUCCUUACAAGGCCCCUCCACUAAGGAUUUCCUGAAGAUAUUUGCGUUCAUCUACAGCUUCAUCUGCCCAAACUAUGAAAUUCCAGACUCCAAGUUUGAGGAGGAAAUCCCCAGAGUAUUUAAGGAACUGGGAUACCCAUUUGCUUUGUCAAAAAGCUCCAUGUACACAGUCGGUGCCCCCCACACGUGGCCACAGAUAGUUGCUGCCCUGGUCUGGUUAAUAGACAGUGUCAAGUUUUGCUGUGCGCAGAGGGCUGAGGAGCGGGUGUUCGAGGAGCCACAGUUGGGAGCACAGAGCGAAAAUGAAAUUGACUUCAACCAGGUGUUCCUGGAUUACGCUGUCAGAUGCUAUGAUCAGUUCAUGGAGGGUCGGGAUACAUUUGAGGACAAUGACUCGGAAGUGUGUUCCAAACUCAAGGAUUUGUACGCUGUGGAUGAAUCUCAUCAGGAGUCGCUGCAGGUCGAGUCGCGGAGGCUAAUGGAGGAAAUUGAUCGACUAGAGAAAGAAAAGGAGAGUGAACCGGACCCUCUGGCCUCCAAGAGAAAGAUGAAGAUGUUGCUGCAGGCGGAUAUGCAAAAAUACCAGAACUACCUGACGGAGAUGGAGUCUCAUUCAGUGUUACUAGACCAGCGGGUCAGCAGCAUCAGCGAAGAGGUUGACGCUUUGGAGCUGGAACGUGAGGCCAUAAAGCAGGAGAACCUGCGGCUGAAGAACAUCCUGGACAACCAGAAAUACUCUGUAGCAGAUAUAGAAAGGAUAAAGUAUGAGGAAACGGAGCUACAAGAGACCAUCACCAAACUGACCAAAGAGCUGGAUAAUGACAAACAGCAUCUAUGGAGCGAGGAGCUGAAAUUCGCCAAAAUCAAAGAAUCGGUGGAGACACAGAUAGCGGAGUUUCACAAGGUGGCUCGGAAAGUGCGGCUAAUUCCGUCCACGGCGGAGAAUGCGAACGGACAUGAUUUCCAGAUCGAGUGGACUCUGGACAGCGAUCAGGGCAGCUUAAACCGCUGUAGGAACAAGAUCAACCUUCCAUUAUUGGAGAUCCUAACGCAGCUGGAAGGACAGAUUGCACAUGCCACCAACAAACAGAUGGAGUCGGAAGACCUGUUGGAACAGUUGAAUUCUCUGAUAGCAGAGAAGAGAAAUGAAGUGAAGUGUCACAAGGAGGAGGCUCAGAAACUGGAUGAACUUCAUCUUCAGAAAGUAGAGGAAGCUGACGAGGAGGAGAAGAGAUGGGCCGCAGAAAUCGCGUCUUUGGAGAAACAUCGGCAACUGCUGGAGUCUGGCGUUAACAAAAGCCUGGAGGAGGCCAUGAAGGAGCUUGAGAAGGCCCAACAGGAGCUGCAGCUUGUUGAGCACCAGACUGAAGAGGAGAUGAGACAAGUGGCGAGUAAGCUGGCACGAGUGGUGACGGCGGUGGCUUCUCACAUAGCGGCGAUAGAGAAAUACCUGGAGGAGAAGCGGCUGAAGACUGAGAGAGAGUACGGGGAGUUCCUGAAGGAAGAUCUGUUGGUGGAUCUGCGAGAGCUACUGGAAAAGUAUAAAGAAAAGGCCAAAGGCUUAAGCGCUCCCCCCAGCAAGUAAACUCCCUUGUACCGGUCACACUGCUUAUUUGUGCGCUACUUCCUCUGCGCCUGUUAUUUAAUGUAUAGAACUGUACAGGAUUUUAGAGUAACACGUUACCGUUUCAAUGUUACGUUUGUGCAUUUUAAUGUUUUUGUUAUUGUUAAAUUAAUAAAGCAUAUUCACUAAGUGAUGUUAAAA